AUGUCGAAAUCCACCGCCGUUGCGAGGGCCGCUGAUGCCUCGGUCCCUGUCAACCCCGAGCAGACAUUGAAGGCCUGCAAGGCGCUUGUCGCACACAUCAAGAAGGCAGCCGCCGAACCACGCGACGACGGGAAGCAGAACCUGCUCGGCGACGAGGAGACGACAGUCGCGGAAACGCCCGUUUGGUUGACUCUCACGACCAAGAAGCACAUCCACGAUUCGCACCGCCUUCAACCCGGCAAAAUCGUCCUCCCCAACCCUCUCAACACCAACGAAGAGCUCAGCGUCUGCUUAAUAACGGCCGACCCCCAGCGGUGGUACAAGAAUGCGGUCGCCGACGAGUUCCCCGAGGAGCUGCGGGCCAAGAUCGGCCGGGUGAUCGACAUCAGCCACUUGCGGGCCAAGUUCAAGGCGUAUGAGGCGCAGCGCAAGCUGUUCAGCGAACACGAUGUCUUCCUCGCCGACGAUCGGAUCAUCAACCGUCUUCCCAAGGCGCUUGGCAAGACUUUUUACAAGACGACAACGAAACGGCCCGUUCCGGUCGUUCUGAUGGCGCCGAGGGAAAAGGUCGAUGGCAAGCGCGUCGCGGCGCCCAAGGGGAAGAAGCCGAAGCGCGACCCGACCGAGAACAUCAACGCACGGCCAAUUCCCGAGAUCGUGGCCGAGGUUCAGAAGGCCAUUGGCGCCGCCCACGUCCACCUCAGCCCGUCCACCAACACGGCAGUCAAGGUUGGGUACGCGAACUGGGAGCCCAAGAAGAUUGCGGCCAAUGUCGAUACAGCCGCCCGUGAACUGGUCGAGCGGUUCGUCCCACAGAAGUGGCAGAACGUGCGCAACUUCUACGUCAAGGGCCCCGAGACGGCUGCCCUGCCUAUCUACCAGACGGACGAGCUCUGGCUCGACGAUUCCAAGGUGGUCGCUGAGGGACAACAGCCCCCCAGCGCGCUUCCAGGCAAGGGCCAGAAAACGAUUGGCGAGAAGCCCAACGUCGGCAAGAAGCGCAAGUCGCUGGAUGCGGAGCCCGAGCCGGCGGCGGAAGAGCCUGUGAAGGAGGACCGGCCGAAGAAGAAGGUCAAGAAGGCGGUGCCGGAGAGCAACGACGACAAGCUCGACAAGGAGAUUUCCGAGCGGAAGGCGAAGCUCAAGAAACAAAAGAAGGCGGCUGCGAAGAAGGCCGAGAUUUAA